AACCAACCGCUGGAAUUGAUCUCAAUACAAGAAAUCAUGAAGAUUAUCUGUCCGCUUCUAAACAACCUGAUCUUUGAGUGUUCGACUAGACUUUUCCUGUGCUUGUUGUGGAUGGGAUAUUCUCAAGGAAUGCCGCACGUUUUAAGAUUUGGGGGUAUUUUUGAGUCAGUGGAACAAGCUCCGUCUGGAGCAGAGGAACUAGCCUUUAAGUUUGCAUUAAAUACAAUCAACAGAAAUAGAACGCUGCUGCCAAACACAACAUUAACGUAUGAUAUCCAAAGGAUAAAUAUUUACGACAGUUUUGAAGCAUCCAGAAAAGCCUGUGAUCAACUGUCCCUUGGGGUGGCAGCCAUCUUUGGGCCUUCUCAUAGUUCUUCAGCUAACGCAGUGCAAUCCAUUUGCAAUGCUCUCGGGGUUCCCCACAUACAGACCCGGUGGAAGCAUCAAGUGUCAGACAACAGGGAUUCUUUCUACGUCAACCUGUACCCAGACUUCUCAUCCCUCAGUCAAGCCAUUCUGGAUCUGGUACAUUUCUUCAAAUGGAAAACCGUCACCGUGGUGUAUGAUGACAGCACAGGUCUGAUUCGGUUACAAGAGCUUAUUAAAGCCCCAUCUCGGUACAGCAUCCGCUUAAAAAUUCGGCAGCUUCCAGCAGACACAAAGGAUUCCAAACCUUUGCUGAAAGAAAUGAAAAGGAACAAGGAGUUCCACAUAAUAUUUGACUGUGGUCAUGAGAUGGCAGCAGGCAUCUUGAAGCAGGCUUUGUCGAUGGGAAUGAUGACUGAAUAUUAUCAUUACAUUUUCACCACCCUGGACAUCUUUGCCCUGGACUUGGAGCCUUAUCGCUACAGUGGAGUGAACAUGACAGGGUUCCAGAUUCUCAACACUGAGAACAGCCAAGUUGCCUCCAUAAUUGAGAAGUGGUCAAUGGAAAGAUUACAAGCACCUCCAAAACCAGGCUCGGGUUUACUGGAUGGAUUUAUGACGACAAAUGCUGCCUUAGUUUAUGAUGCAGUUCACGUGGUAUCGGUGGCUGUCCAGCAGUCCCCACAGAUGACCGUCAGCUCCUUGCAGUGUAACAGGCACAAACCCUGGCGCUUUGGAAGCCGUUUCAUGAAGUUCAUUAAAGAGGCUCACUGGGAAGGACUAACAGGCCGAAUUAUAUUCAAUAGUUCCAAUGGCUUGAGAACAGAUUUUGAUUUGGAUGUGAUUAGCCUCAAGGAAGAAGGGCUUGAAAAGGUUGGGACCUGGGAAACGAGCAGUGGAUUGAACAUGACUGAGAAUCGCAAAGGAAAGACAGCGAACAUCACUGAUUCAUUAUCUAACCGAUCGUUAGUUGUUACAACGAUUCUGGAAGAGCCUUAUGUGAUGUUUAAAAAGUCCGAUAAACCUCUUUAUGGAAAUAGUCGAUUCGAGGGAUUUUGCAUUGACCUCCUGAAAGAGUUGUCCAAUAUCCUCGGAUUUACCUAUGAGGUCAGACUUGUGGAUGAUGGGAGAUACGGCGUUCAGGAUGAAAAAGGGCAGUGGAAUGGAAUGGUCAGGGAACUGAUGGAUCAUAAAGCUGAUCUUGCAGUUGCACCCCUGACUAUCACCUACGUCCGAGAGAAGGUCAUUGACUUCUCAAAGCCAUUCAUGACUCUGGGAAUAAGUAUUUUGUACCGAAAGCCCAACGGUACAAACCCUGGCGUUUUCUCCUUCCUGAAUCCUCUCUCCCCUGAUAUCUGGAUGUAUAUUCUGCUGGCUUACUUGGGUGUCAGUUGUGUGCUGUUUGUCAUAGCCAGGUUUAGCCCCUAUGAGUGGUAUAAUCCCCACCCUUGCAAUCCCGACUCAGAUGUGGUGGAAAACAAUUUUACCUUGCUAAAUAGUUUCUGGUUUGGAGUUGGAGCUCUCAUGCAGCAAGGUUCCGAGCUAAUGCCCAAGGCACUUUCAACCAGGAUUGUGGGUGGCAUUUGGUGGUUCUUCACACUGAUCAUCAUUUCGUCGUACACCGCUAACCUGGCUGCUUUUCUGACAGUGGAGCGCAUGGAAUCUCCCAUUGACUCAGCAGAUGACCUGGCUAAACAAACCAAGAUAGAGUAUGGUGCAGUUGAAGAUGGAGCAACUGUAACUUUCUUUAAGAAAUCCAAAAUAUCAACCUACGAAAAGAUGUGGGCCUUCAUGAGUAGCAGACAACAGACUGCGCUUGUCAAAAAUAAUGAAGAAGGAAUCCAGCGUGUCUUAACCACAGAUUAUGCCUUGCUAAUGGAGUCAACGACCAUUGAGUUUGUCACGCAGAGAAACUGCAACUUGACACAGAUUGGAGGCCUCAUAGAUUCCAAAGCUUAUGGAGUUGGCACUCCCAUGGGUUCUCCAUACAGGGAAAAGAUCACUAUUGCAAUUCUCCAACUGCAGGAGGAGGGGAAACUGCACAUGAUGAAAGAGAAAUGGUGGAGGGGUAAUGGCUGCCCUGAGGAAGAGAGCAAAGAAGCCAGUGCUUUAGGAGUCCAGAACAUUGGUGGCAUCUUUAUCGUGCUGGCUGCAGGCCUGGUACUGUCCAUCUUUGUGGCAGUGGGUGAAUUUCUGUACAAGUCGAAAAAAAAUGCACAGCUUGAGAAGAGGUCCUUCUGUAGUGCCAUGGUUGAGGAGCUCAGGUUGUCUCUCAAGUGUCAACGGCGUCUGAAACACAGGCCUCAGGCACCAGUCAUAGUGAAAACUGAAGAAGUUAUCAACAUGCAUACGUUCAACGACAGGAGAUUGCCUGGCAAAGAAACAAUGGCAUAAAGUGUAGAAAAUCCACACCGAGCACAAACAGUAAUCUUUGUUCCCAAUGACCUGCAAGAGUGUUUCCAGUGGAAAUAUGCAAAACCGUGCCGAACAAGCGAGUUACCUCAUGAUGCUGUGUCGAAAAAAAAACCUACCUUAUGAAAACAGGGUGGUCAAAGUCAGAUCCCGAAACAUUGUCAAGGACCAAAACUUGCAAAUAAAGUAAUUAAAUGCAGUAAAGACUUUUCCCCUUCAUCCCUCUUAUCCUCCCUCCCUCUUAUUUUCCCAUAUCGGAAAUGAAUGGUGAUAAUAAAGGAUACGAAACACUGGACAACAAAGGGAAA